GAUCUCAGAAUUCAGCAACGAUGUUAAUGGGGAGGCCAAAGAGACACAACCCAUUUUUUUAGGAGAUGAAAGCAUGGAAAUUAAAAAACAAAUUACAGGAAUGAGGAGAUUACUGAAUGACAGUACUGGAAGGAUAUAUCAGCGUGUUGGCAAAGAAGGAGAAAAAUUAAAAGAAGAACCCCAGGAAUUGGAUUUAAUCUGGCCUCAGCGUUUCAAUUCCUCUGCUGAGACCCCACACAGUGUCCGCCCUUCUUCAGGUGGUGCCUGGAAUGAGUUACCAUCCCAAAGCAGACAGUUCUCAGGACAGCAUGGCACGCUGUCUAGAACCUUCCAGAGUCAGCCCCACACCUCAGGAAACUCCAACGGAGAACUUCCAGUGGUGACCUCGUCAAGUGGAUCAAACUGCUGCACUUGUAGCUGCCAGACAACCUUGCAAGCCAUUCUCCAAGAACUCAAAACCAUGCGGAAAUUCAUGCAACUUCAAGCAGUUGGAACUCAAAACAGGCAACAACCUCCAAUUUCCCUUAUAUGCUCCCAGCGAACCGCUGCCUCCCGCAAGAGAAACAAAAAGAAAAAAGUUCCCCCCAAGACUGUUGAGCCUCUUCGGAUGAAGCAGGAGCCCAGUGUGUUGGAGAUGGAAAAGAAGACACCGGUGGCCUCUGAGCAGCAGUCUGGCCUCCAGGUGGCCGAGCACCCCUCCACUGAGGAGAACCACGUUUUAGGAUUUGGCAUUGUUCUUGAAUCACCUUCCUCUGAUCCAGAAGUGCAACUUGCUGAAGGCUUUGACGUGUUUAUGCCAAAAUCUCAGCUGGACUCUAUAUUGUCAAACUACACCCGCUCAGGAAGCCUUCUGUUUAGAAAACUGGUGUGUGCGUUUUUUGAUGACAACACUUUGGCUAACUCCUUACCCAAUGGGAAGAGGAAAAGAGGACUCAAUGACAACCGGAAAGGACUAGACCAAAAUAUUGUGGGUGCAAUAAAAGUCUUCACAGAGAAGUACUGUACUGCUCACCACGUGGACAAACUGCCUGGCCCAAGAGACUGGGUGCAGAUUCUACAGGAUCAAAUUAAACUGGCCCGAAGAAGAUUAAAAAGAGGCUCAGCAGAGGUAGCUGACUGUGAUGAAAGACUGGACGGCGUUCCUCUACCACCAGCAGGCAACGUAUUGGACACCAGUACCGAAAACAUGGAAGACACAGAAGCAGAUUUCACUCUCUAGACUUGUCUCUGAGUGACACUGCUCAUUAGCAUCCCUAACUCUUCCGUUCGAAUUUCCUCAAAGAGCCACGGAAGCAUUUCAGGUCACUGCAAAGUGUGGGUGUUCUGUGACGUUUACCCCUCAUGUUUGAAGCAUUUUCGUAUACUGUACUUUCUCAGUAAUAUGUGAUAAUCAAGCCUCCAAUUUGGCAUGAGAUUUUAAAAUCAUUUUUAGAGUUGAUUUAUUAUCCUUUUAAAAGUCCAGUGUAUGAUCCAAUUAGCUCAUUGUCCAUUAUAAUGUCUCUGUGUUUCUUCAUAACCUCAAUGUGAAUAUAUAAAGUUUUGAAGUAUAUUUAUUUUCCUGUAAAUUGCUUAGGUGCAGUAUUAAGGAGAGUGGUGUUUCCCAAUACUGAGCGAGCCGUUGUGAAGGCCAAAAUUAAUUAGACCUUCAUCCAUCUCAAAGAUGAGAAAUUUUGUUUUGGGAGACAGGUUUGCUCUGAUCUAUUAGAUGAAAACAACGCCGUCCGAUCCCCAAACGUAAUCUCUUAUGGCUGAGUAAGUGCGCAUGCCAGAGGAAGUCUUAGGAAAGAAAAAGCUUUCGCUUAUUUGUAAACCUGGGUUGUGUCCACGCAGUGACACAAUAACUAAUUACAAGGUGCGGAGCUCAAAGCAAUCAGUUCUCGCUCUGCCUGAUGCCUGACGACUGGGCAGCAGAUGGCUUCCCGGAGCUGCUGGCCGGUGUGUUUCCAUGGCCCAGGCCAGCCCCACGGGCACUUAGUGCAUACUCUGUACUCCACUUGCUUUACAGUCCCUUGGCCCUCCACUUAAUAUAAAACCAAUACAUCAAAUUCUGAACUUUGAAAGUUAUAUUGCCAUGUGGGCAUUGGUGUGACAGGAGGAUUUACCUUCACGCGUGGCUCUCUAGUUUGAGAGUGAAUUUAAAAGGCCAUUUUGUUUCGAAACAUUGCAUUUACACCUUGCUGAUUGGAUAAGGGAGAUUCCCUUGGAUCUCUGGCACUUGACCCCAAGGCUGCCAAUGGCCAUGAAGGACGUUUGGACUAGAAGGUGCCACCAAGUCCCACGAGGUGGCUAGGGUAUCAACUCCCACCUUCUCUGUGUCACCUUGUGGACUGUGGAGUGAAGCACUCUGGUUGGCACCCUCGAGUUCAGCCCCUCACCUCGCAGAUGAGGACCCAGUGGAGGAAGUGGUCCAAGUGGGUGUCCAGAGCCGUUAGCCCUUCUGUAGCCGUGGCCUCUGACAAUGUAAACUGAGAGUUGGGUGGGGAGCUCUGGGAUCAAUUAGUGAUCCACGGAGGGCCGACCAUGGUGGAAGAGGCCAUCCUGCCACAUGACAGAACUGGUUUGCAUGUAGCUCCUGGGAUGAAUCUAACUGCUAGCCAGGUGCAUCUCAUCUCCGUGUAUCUCUGUCCGUUGUUUUCAAGGGACAGGACGGUUUAGAGGAGUGGUUGCCAUCACACCUUUUAGUGAGUUCGUGUAAGUUUCAGGCCAGUAACGAAUCCUGUUCCUGAAACCAGCCCGUUGGUCCAUCAUAGUCUCUUUCAGUACUGCCAACCAGGGCUUCUGUCUUCAGCAGAAUCUGCUGUGAAAUGUGUCGUCUGCCUCCCAGAAGGGACCCUUUCUCAAGGGACUAGAAAAGAUUCACGCGUGACCUUUCACCCCAUUCCGAGAUGAUGCCUGGGUUGCUAGCGCAGGUGGGCGCGUUCACCUCAGAACUGUGGGCUCCGCUCGGGCUGACCGGACCCUCAGAGCCACUGCUCUCGCAGCCUGGCACCACUCAGAUCUGUCAGGACUUGAGCAGGGGGUCGUUCAAAUGCGUCAACGGACCCACCAAUUAGAAUCACAUGUCACAACACCGCACGGUGAAAUCAGAUUUUGUCGAUUGAAAUUGUAUUUGUGUUUACUUACUGUGACUACUGUUCAGAAACCCUUUUUAUAGGCUUCUUAGCAAAAAGAAAAAUGUUAUUCCAUAUCUAUGGAUAAGGUCUCAAUCUGUAUAUAUGUUUUACUAAUGUGUAAAUAUUUAGAUUUUUUUAAAAUGACUAUGUUCUUUUAAAAAAAAGGCUAGUUGUGGAAAUGGUGUAUAACAUUGUGUUGUGCUCUCGCUGCCCAAGUGCCCCUCAUGCCCGUGCCGGAAGAAUACAAUAAAUGACUUUUACUGAG